AUGCCAGCAAGGCUUCUGACCCGCUUCUUGGCGUUUGCAAGUCUCUUCCGCUGGGCGCAGGCUGCUGUUGUACCAUUCGAGCUACAUCUGAGCCAUGGCGAAGCGGACCCGGUGGGCGCGGGAAGCCGCCGAGUCAUACUCAUUAACGGAACUUUCGUCGGACCCACUCUUAGGCUCACGCAAGGCGACGAAGCCGAAAUCACGGUUCGCAACUAUAUGCGGGAAGAUACUGCGGUGCAUUUUCACGGAAUUGCGCAAGCAUCCACUCCUUGGUCUGACGGAGUACCGGGACUUACACAGGGAAUGAUAAAGCCAGGCGCCUCCUUUGUGUAUCGAUGGACCGCCGAAGAAGGAGGAACCUAUUUCUAUCAUACACAUGUUCGCGCUCAGAUGAUGGAUGGGAUGUAUGGUUCCAUCGUGAUCGAGAAUGCGCCGCAAGCCAAGCGUCCUUUCGCGUUGAUCAGCAACGAUACGCACGAGCGCAAGAGCAUGCUUAAGGCGGAGAAGCACAUGCAGACCCUGCUGAUCUCAGAUUGGACGAGAUUCACGUCUUCCGAGUUCACGGCUGUGGAAGCUGCCGCAAAUGUGGACUUGGCCUGCAUGGACGCCAUUACCGUGAAUGGAAUCGGCUCCGAAUACUGCUUGUCGAUAGAAGAGCUUGACAGCAUGACCCACCCAGUCGUGCUUAGCAUGUUGCACGACUUGGGCGAGAAGCACUUGACCAACAAAGGCUGUAUCCCACCUUUCCCGGUGUUCCAAGGAGAUUUCGACCUGCAUCUCGAAAAUCUGCCGGACAGGGCCUACAAGAAGUGCAUUCCCGGCAUCAAUCCAAAAGGGAACUUCAGCCUUGAUGUCGACACAAGCGUCGGGUAUGCGGCCAUAACGUUCAUCAAUCCGGGCAGUCUAUAUCCUCUGCAGGUUUCGAUCGAUAGCCACGAUCUACACAUUUUUGCUGUGGAUGGGCAUUAUGUGCACCCACAGACAGUUGAUCGUAUUCUGGUCAACACAGGCAGCCGCAUCUCUGUGAUGAUUAAACUGGACCAGAAGCCCGCAAAUUACAACAUCCGCAUCGCCAACGACUACCUGAACCAGGUGCUCGGAGCGUUUGCAGAGCUGGCGUACGAUGGCACAAGCAAGAAAGCCGUCGAUGCGAUACCUAAAAUGGACUUUGCCGGUAGACCGUUGAAUCAGAACAUAACUUCAUGGAUACCUGAGCAUAGUCGGCCAUUUCCUGAUGUGAAGCCUGCUCGUCAUGCGGAUGCUUUGUUCAGGCUGACAUUGAAGAAGCUGGGCCGGCCGCACGGAGCGUAUGAGUGGACUUUGACCGGCAAGGAACGAUAUCAUGAGUCUCUUGAUGAUGUCAAGAAUCCGAACGACCCACUCCUACUCUCUGCUCCAUCAGACAUCCCAGAGAGCGAAUUGCUAUUGAGAACAAGCUCGGAGCAGUGGGUCGAUGUCGUCCUGGUUACGUUGGGUCCCUUCGCACAAGCACAUCCGAUGCACAAACACGGCAAUCGAAUUUUCUUGAUCGGCUCAGGAGGGGGAGAUUUCCCUUGGAAGUCGGUGGACGAGGCAAUGACGGUCCUGCCUGAAGGCACCUUCAAUCUGGAGAAUCCACCUUACCUCGACACUUUCAAUACGAUUGAGAUCCAGGGAGGCGAUGUCAACGCCACAUGGACCAUGGUAAGAUACGAAGUCAGCGCACCUGGAGCGUGGCUAUUCCAUUGUCAUGUCCAGACCCACUUGAGUGGUGGGAUGGGAAUGAUCAUCCUUGACGGAGUAGACAACUUUCCAGAAGUGCCGAUGGAGUAUCAAGAGUGGAAUGGCUUCAAGCAGACGGCUGUCGGCUGGGUGUGA